AUGAAUUUCGAAUUUUUGAGAACCUUACACGGAUUUAUUAACUUUUUACAAGUUUGCCUUGGAUUUGCUGCACUUUUCGCGUGCUCUUUUAUCUGGAGAGAUACUGAUUUAUAUUUUCAAUUCAUCUACAAAGUGAGUUUCUCAAUAGAAAAAAUUUUAAAAAAUUAUGUAUUCAAUAAUUUUCUAGGGUUUCGGAUGGCAAUCUGUAAUCUUGGCUAUUUUAUUCUUCACAUGGCUUUUUGCUUUAAUGAUUUUCUUGUCAAAUUUAUUCGAUCGUGAUGUUGUUGGAACUGUUGGAAAAUUCAAGGUAAAUUUUUUUCUACAUGUUUUCCAAAAAAAUUAUACACAAUUUUUCUUCAGCUUCUCAUCCUCUAUGUCAUUUGCUUAGUUUUCCUUGUAAUCUCCGCUGCUUUGGAAUCUUGGUAUAUUUCAAGGUCUGGAACUCAAGGAAAAUAUCCUGAUACCGUUUAUCAUCCAAGAUUUAUUGCUGUCACGGUAUGUUUUGCUUAGAUCGAACCUAAAACAAUUGAAAAAUCCAUUGCAGAUUUUCAAUUGGAUUCUCGUUGUGUCAUACAUUGUGCAGAUAUUGGUAACAUUUUUCUUUGUUUGAGCUCUGCUCAUCAAAUUCAUCUUCAUUUUUCAAUCAAACAUAAUGCCCAACUUUUCUCUGGAAUCUCUCAUUCUUUUUUUCUCGAUUUUUUAUUCAAGAAUAUAUUUUUCAAUGAUAAUAAAGUGUGAAUAUUUCAUUUCAUUUCAUUUAGUGUAGCUGAACAACAAUCUCUACCCGGCACCAAAGUUGUUUGGUGGAUAUGUUUAGCAAAAAAAAACAAAAAGCUAGGGGGCACCCGGAUUUGAACCGGGGACCUCUCGAUCUGCAGUCGAAUGCUCUGCCACUGAGCUAUACCCCCUGAUGUUGUUAUCGGCGAACAUUUCUGUGAUAAAUGUUCUUCGGAAAGGGAUAGGAACUGGUUUUUCGCCGCUUUUCCUUUAGUGUUUGUCUAUCUCCCGAUGGGAAUUUUUCUUGGAAAUCGGGUAAAAAUAACACCGGAUUAUAAAAGUUUAAAUAUAAAAGUAUAAAAAAACUUGUGUGGAUUUAUUUUCUAGGGCUCUGAAUUAAUCUUAAUUUUAAAAAACUAUGGAAAACACUGAUGUUUCCCACUCUAAAAAAUGAUCAUUGAGUUGGAAACAUUACUCAUAAUAUGUUUGGCAUGUUUAAAAUUACUCAUAGGCUAGAAAUUUUGACUGAAACCCACGAAAGUUUUGAAAUUUAUGAAAAAUCUAGAUAAAAAACUCUCACCAAGUUCUGAAAUUACAAGCUUGUCAAAGAACUGAUAAUAAAGAUAAGGUGAGGUUUACAGAUGUGAGGAAUAUGUUUUAACAGAACUCCCGGCUCAAUUGUAGAGCCAGAACUCAAACAAUCCGAGAUAGUUUUCAGCUUCAAAGCGUCGAAUCAACCUACAAAUAUAUGUGGGAAGCAUUUGGUCUUCCACUUCUUUUCGUACUUCUUGGUUUAAAAUUCGAUGGCUCAAAUGUUGGUUUUUUCAAAAGAACUGAAAUAGAAAAAAUCUCACUAAUUUUCAGUUAACUUGGGAUAUAUUUUUCCUUUGCUUCGGAGUUAUCUCAAUCGGAUUAUUUGUUCGAUUCAUUGUGGUGAUCUUUAUCACUUUACCUACACAUAUAAAUUUCAAAGAGCAAAUCGUUGUUGCUUUGAGUUUAUUACCCAGAGCUACUUUUCAGGUUGGUCGAAAAAAAUUCUCAAAUUUUCUUUUAAAAAAUUAACAGGCUGAUUUGGCUCCAACUCUUGUUGUAAUUGCAACUCGAGUCCCUGAUUAUGUUCAAGAUGCUGAAUUAGUUUUGAAAGUAUGUAUUCUCUCUGUUCUCGUAACAGCUCCUAUAUUUGAUGUUUUGUUGAACAUUUUUGGCUUGAAAUUUUUGGAUGUGCAUACACCACAGGUAAAUAAAUUAAGAUUAUUUCUUCUUCGCAUAAAUUUGAUUUUUUUUAGAAACAGCAUCAACAACGAGAGCAACAAUUAUUACAGCCACUUGAAAAAUCUUCACAUUUUGACGAUGAUAAAGUUGAUGAGAAAUCAUUGAAUGUUCGAACAACUUCACCUUGGAAAAUGGUUCAUCUCACUCCGAAAAAACGCCUUAUUUUCCUAAUACAUUACUUCGUUGAUUUUAAUAAAUAUUGCUUUUCUGCAUAA